AUGUCUUCCGGGUCCGCUAUAUCUGCUGCUAAUGACAGCCAUGAAAAAUUAUAUAUCCCGGUGAUGUACACACACUCAUACGGCACCGACGCAGUCAUACAGACACUGCCGCUGCCAUUCGCAGGUCGCAGCAAGAUUGACCGGUCGAGCGCAAUACCCAAGACAAUGACGAUGGGCGGAACUAGCCAGACGAGCACAGAGGCUAGAGAUAGCAAGAGGAGUGAGGAUGCCACGGAGAGGGAGCUAGUGCCACGGCUGGCAGUGAACCAGACGAGCUCGAACAAGGCUAGUGCAGGAUGUGCAGGAGUUUUGCAAGCUUUGGACCUUCUCUAUUGGGAUGCUGCUGAUGCUGCUGAUGCUGCUGUCGUUGAGGCCAGAGAGGAGAUUAUUGAUGAGCUUAUAGCGCUGCUCAACCAGGUCAUGCUCUACAUCAUUAUCGUCCAUUCUUCGACCACAGAGGGCUUCAACUUGCUUUUCAAUGAUAAGAUUGAGGAGUCGACACGCGAGCUAUCCAAACACAAUAAUGCGUUUGGUAAAACUGGAUUAGGAAUUAUUCUCUUCUUACAAGCUGCGUUGGGUAUGGAGGAUGGCAUGAUGGAAAGGGCACAGGAUCAACUUCUCCAGGCCGAGAAAGCUGCCGACUCUGCCAAGAGAGAGUGCAGCAAUGCAAAGCACAAUAAGACUAGAUUCGCUAGCGCUGCUCCUUAUGAGCUACUUGUAGCUGCGAAUGUAAUUGGGCAAUCUAUGACUCAGAUUUUAACGGAAUCCUCUGUUGAAAUGAUCAAAGCCAUUUACAAACUCAACAGAUCCUAUAAGCUGUACAACAACUCGUUCCUCACAGUCUUCCCUGGUGGCGCUGCGUCUCUGCCAGACACUCCAAUAGCUUCUCCUUCGCUAUCGAGACAACAAUCCACCCAAACACUCAACAAACCAGCCCCACCAAAGCCACAGAAAAGCUUCCUCGCAAAGAAGUUUGGUAGCUUCUUAGGCGGGGCUGGUGGUGGCACAAAUACCGCUCAAAUCACCACUCCUCAACCGCCAUCCGAUGAAGUUGAGGAAUUUGUCAUGUCUGGUGCUUGUUUCGGAUUCGGAUUGUUCGGUUUGGUAUUCUCGCUUAUGCCGCCAAAGCUGAAGAAGCUAAUUAACGUUUUUGGGUUCAAGAGCGAUAGGAAGGAGGCCCUCAAGGCGUUAAGUCUGAGUGCUAGCUACAAAGAUGUUCACUCAUCCUUCGCUGCACUCACCCUCCUCUUCUACACCUCAUCCACACUACUUCUUGCUGGUUGGAAUGCUGAUUCAGAAAAUGACAUGCGCAUGUUCGAGAAAAUUUUGAAAAGUUGUGAAGAAAGAUAUCCAGACGGCACCCUAUGGACGCUCAACAGAGCCAAACUGGAGCGUAUAAAUGGAAAUGCUGACAAGGCCCUUGAAAUUUUGGGUAGUACGCUCAACAAAGAUGGCGGCUUCCCUCAGGCUGAGGUAAUUAUAGUUUUUGAAUACGCUUGGCUCCUGCUCGCCGAGAAUAGAUACCAAGAUUCUGCACAAUACUUCCUUCAUCUGAUGAAACUCAAUUCGUGGUCACACGCCACAUACACUCUCUUGGCAGCUGGCUGUCAUUUGUCCCAUGCGCAGGAGGUAGACACAGAGGAGAACCACGCCAAAGCGCACGAGGAGUUUAUGAAGGCAAGUCUGCGUGGUGUGCCCAGUCUCCUCAACGCGAAGAAACUCGGUGGACGUAAUAUGCCAAUGGAGGAUUUUGCACAGCGCAAAAUAGCAUUCUGGAAGCGUAAGCAUGAGCGCCGUGUCGGUGCAUGCGCGAAACAGGGCAUUAGUGUCGAUCCUGAGCGAUGGGAUUUGGCCAUUAAGAUUAGUCCGGCAGAUGAAAUGGCAUGUUUCUGGAACAGCUAUGGGAAGAUAACACGUCACGCUGCUAUCAAGCACAUGGAAUCUUUGUGUCAACUCACACCUGCACCUCUGAUCGAGACUCACCUAGUCGACAUGACCAAGGCGGAGGGCAGCGCAGGUGCAGGUGCAGGCACAAUGGAAGAUCUGGACACACUCGACGAGAAGGCUGUAAGAUGUCUUCUUCUCGGAAUUCUCCAUCGCGCUAUCGGAGAGCUGGCCUUGUCUCGCAGAUACCUCGACGAGUGUGUGUCUUACAGAGGGCAGAUCACUGACGAUACUUGGGCGCCUGCAUUUGCGGCUUACGAGUUAGCGGUGUUGGAGCUGAACGAAUGCGACAGACUGACAGCUAAGAGUAGGUCGGACAGCGGUACACCAGAUUCCUCAGCUGCGUCCUUCUCCACGGCGAGGGAGGGCGAAGAUGCAGAGGGUGAGAAGGCUGAGAAGGCUGAGACGGAUGAAAAGACAGUCGAACCAUCCACCGCAAAGACGUCCAAGGAUAUCUGGAAGAGGGGUAUCGACGCUAGUGAGAAACACCUCGCUCUGGUUGCCUCAGGAGAGUUUGGGACUACGUACGAUCUCGAAGGUCGUCAAGGCACAAGAAUGUAUUUACUAAAGGAUGAGAUACAGACCAAAAAGGCACAGAUGGAGUUGUGA